AUGGACAUUGCCGGUCUCAUUUUCGGGGUUAUUGGGGUGGUGAAACCACUUGCAGAGACCGCGGUCAGUCUUUGUGAAGUUUCCCAGUCCGUUUCUCAUUUUGGAUCUGAUCUCAACGCGCUCCGGGUCAGGGUCGCGGUCGCCCAGCGACAGACGAGUACCUUUGAGGCGAUACUCCUGAAAGAGAAGCGAUUCAACUGGCUUUCGGGGUCGCUGUUCCAAGAGCUGAGUCCGUCCCAGCAGCAAGAAUUUUACGAUCUUUUCCAGGGGUUGAAGCAAAGUCUCAUCCUGUUCGUCGAGCAAGCCAAGGCAUGUGGGAUUGGGAUCGCUCCGCGGCCGGUGGUCAAGAGACUGGCCGGGGCUGACGUCCAGAUCAUCGACGGCACCGAGCGGGCCGGUGUCUAUCAGAAAUCGGCGUCGGUGGGGCAGAAGCUCUCGUGGUCGGUCAAGGAUAAAAAGGCCAUGACGGGCCUCGUCGAGGAUAUCGAGCACUGGACGAGCCUUCUCCGGCUGACGAUCCAGGACCUGUUGUCCAGUUUCCCAGGGUUUAGGGAGCUAUCCCGACUCGACGACCUUGGGAGGAGUCUCGAUGAGCAGGCGUCGGAUCUGAAGCUGGCGCUGGCCGUAAGACGGAUCUUUGUGACGAAGCCGGCGGACCUCGCGGAGCCAGCUGUUCUAAUCACAAACAGCGACAUUGCCGUCGUCUCGACGUGCGGUGGCGGCGGAAGCAGCACGCUCGGCGUGUUCACCCCGGAUCAAUCGGACAUCUAUAUCGAGACCAAGCUCUUUGCCACACAAGUCGGCGCGGCGGAGGACCAGAGACGUCUGGCCAAGGUCAAACAACUCGCUACUCUGCUCAAGCAUGCAACGGAGCCUCACCUCCGCGUCCUCAACGCCCGCGGCUACAGCUACGAUCCUCUCGGUCAAUGUGCCAGCAUCAUCUACACCAUUCCCGGCACGCUGGCACCCCGCCCCGUGAGCCUGCACCAGCUGUAUGCCAUGAAGCUCCGCGAGGCGAGACCGCCGCUCGAGACUCGAUUCCAGUUGGCUGUCGCUCUUGUCGAGGUGCUGUUCUCCCUCCACAGUCUCGGCUGGGUGCACAAGAGCUUCAGCAGCCUCAACAUCCUGUUCUUCCCCCGCAAGUCCCAGUCCCAGUCGCAGUCCGCGUCGUGGCGGCCAACGGUGGUUGGUGACCGUACCCGUUCCCAUUCCCAUGGCCAUGAUGGCCAUGGUCACGACCAUGGCCGUAACCCGCGCCGAGGGGAUCAAGACCAAGGAACCGAAAACACGUCGAUCCGUCAGCUGCUACGACACGCCGAGAUGAAGCUGGUUGGAUUUGAGCUUGCGAGACCCGAGGCCGAACAAUCGUCACUGUCUCCGAAUGCCGGCGACGGCGACCGACUGGCCUAUUUCUACCGUCAUCCUACGCGAUGGCGUGCUCCCACGGAGAGUUUCACCGCAUUACAUGAUUUAUACUCACUAGGUGCCGUCCUGCUUGAAAUCGGAUUGUGGCAACGACUCGAUCAUCUCCUCCUGGGCCAGGGGGACCGCCACCGCACCGGCCGCACCCGCACGGAUCAUGACCCGGGGCAGGUGAAGGAGGUACUCCUUCAGCACGCGACCCGCCGACUCCCGUACACAAUGGGAUCCAAGUACGCAGCCGUCGUCUGUGCCUUCCUCAAGGGCCGCUUCGAAGAAGGUCUGGACGAUAGCAGUGACACCGACACCCCCACCGGCGCCGAUGGCCCCUUUUCCGAUUCGGCAACGUGGUGGGCCGUCGCCGACCCGAGCCAUGUAUCAAAUCGGGUUUUGGUGUUGAAAGAAUUACACAAAGCGUCGAACUGCUUGUGA